UAUGUUUAACCUGGGCGCUUUCUCUGCUGCUAAGAUCUGCUCUUCCACAAAGCUCAGGUUUCACUGGGACUGUUUCCAAGGGGAGAAUUGUUAAGGCCCUCAGGAAUGCAGUAAGGUCUCACUUAUUAUAUUAUUUCUGUGUUUGAUAAGUGGGUUUGGCGGGGAGAGGUCAACAAGCCACAUUCUCUCCACUAGUCGGGUUUUCUCCCCUUCCUUCCUCCUCCUCUUCUCCUCUUCCCCUAGUCUUGCUUCUCUUUUCCUCUUCCAAGCUGGGCUCAGCUGUGAUUGAUUCUUUUGACAAAUAACCCCCUCUUCCUUCAGUGGCUCUGGACUUAGAGCCCAGUUUUGACCAUUACUAAUUAUAUCAACCCAAGGCGCUACAGAGAACCAUAGCAGCCAGAAUGCACAUGCAGAUGCCUAGGUAUAUAGACAUUCCUUUAGAUGAUUGGCUCCUGGGACUACAGGGAAGGCGGCUGGCUGGGAAUUUGGGCAAGAAUUGUUGCUGCAAUCCUGGGGCAGACUUUAUCUUCCUCCUGAAACCUUAAUGUUUACACUUGAUUCUUUCAGAUUGGUUGAGUACUAGCACCUGACUGAGUGGAAAGCCCUUUGCUUAAAGUCCACUAGGGAUAAUAAUCACAGCUACAGUAUGCCUUUGCAGUCAUACUGAGAGCUGAGUGUCUGAUGGGUUCACUGGGGAUCAGGACCUGACUAAAUUGACACAUGCAGCUGGUCUAAUCUGUAGGGAAACUGAGGCAGAACUGAAACAUACAUCAGGAUAACAAGCCCAGCAUGUGUCCCUCUUGUCCCUCUCUGCUUCAUGCCCAGGAUUCAGAUCAGAGAAGACCAUGCACUUUGCUUGGAGACUCUAUUGGAGGAAGCAGGAUGUUCUGUACAGAGAAUCUCCUCUGAUAGAGUGCUGUACCCUAGAUUAUUGGCCAGUGCUGUGCUUGUAGGAACUAUGAUAAGCAUGGGACCCAUCACUGCUUUGGGCACUUAUGGGUGCUUGAGCCCUAUGCCAGCCCUUGUCUCAUCUUAGAUCAUGAUGGAGGAUGAGCCCCUCCUACCAAUAACUAACAAAAUCAAGGGGAGAUGAAUCGGGGCAACUCCCACAAACAGCACAAUCUGGAGCCCUAUCUCUUCUCCAAGUUGUUUACACAGCAGAAGAGAAGAAGGCUAUGAGACCCACCAGCAAGAUAUAGUGGGAACACAAGGUGCCAAUCCAAGGCCUAAGCACAGAGAGGGAGAGCUGGCUCCACCUUCUUAUGCCAGUAUAUCUCUCUUGCAUUUCUAUCUCUGAAAGAGGCAAGCUUCCCUUCUCUUCUCUGUGCCUUCCACCCUGAGUAUCCUUACAAACGAAUACCUGGUGGUGAUGGCAGGAAGCCCUUCCCGUGUCAAAGAAGAGUUAAAAAUGUCCACUUCUGAAGAUCUAGGGACUGGAAACAUCACUCAAAACCAAGAACAGCCAGUGAUGCCAGGGACACCAAAUGCAGGUGCCCCGGUGCCAAGAGAUCAGAGGCCUGGGGAUGCCCAUCUCCAGGACUUUCCUGGCAACUUCCAAGGGGCGGGGUCCCCUUAUGAGUGCACCUCUGACCUGUGUCACCUUUCCUCCCAAGAGUCUGGAGGCAGAUAUAGUGGCAGAGAUUGGCCUGGAAGAACUCAAUGGGCUGGAGAUAGAGGUCAUGAGAAAGCAGGUGAGAGCCUUGCAUGUACAUGGAGGAUGACCGAAAAGCCCAAUGGUGUGAAGAGCUCUCCAGCUAAUAACCACAACCAUCACCCUCCACCUUCCAUUAAGGCCAAUGGCAAAGAUGACCACAGAACAGGUAGCAGACCACAGUCUGUGUCGCUUGAGGAUGACACUUCCUCAGAACUGCAAAGGCUGGCGGAGAUGGAUACCCCACGGAGGGGGAGGGGUGGCUUCCGAAGGAUUGUUCGCCUGGUGGGGGUCAUCAGAGACUGGGCCAACAAGAAUUUCCGUGAGGAGGAACCAAGGCCUGAUUCAUUCCUAGAGCGUUUCCGUGGGCCUGAGCUCCAGACUGUGACAACACAUCAGGGGGAUGGCAAAGGCGACAAGGACGGCGAUGGAAAGGGCACCAAGAAGAAGUUUGAGCUGUUUGUCUUGGACCCAGCUGGAGACUGGUAUUACCGCUGGUUGUUUGUCAUUGCCAUGCCUGUUCUUUACAACUGGUGCCUGCUGGUGGCCAGAGCCUGCUUCAGUGAUCUCCAGAGAAACUAUUUUGUGGUGUGGCUGGUGCUGGACUACUUCUCAGACACUGUCUACAUUGCAGACGUCUUCAUCCGACUGCGCACAGGCUUCCUAGAACAGGGACUCCUGGUCAAAGACCCCAAGAAAUUGCGUGACAACUAUAUCCACACCUUGCAGUUCAAACUCGAUGUGGCUUCCAUCAUCCCCACUGACCUCAUCUAUUUUGCUGUGGGUAUCCACAGCCCUGAGGUGCGCUUCAACCGUCUGUUGCACUUUGCCCGUAUGUUUGAGUUCUUUGACCGCACUGAGACACGCACCAGCUACCCCAACAUCUUUCGAAUCAGCAAUCUGGUUCUCUACAUCUUGGUCAUCAUCCAUUGGAAUGCCUGCAUUUACUAUGCCAUCUCCAAAUCCAUCGGCUUUGGGGUUGACACCUGGGUAUACCCCAACAUUACUGACCCUGAGUAUGGCUACCUGGCUAGGGAAUACAUUUACUGUCUUUACUGGUCAACACUGACCCUCACCACCAUUGGAGAGACACCACCCCCUGUAAAGGAUGAAGAGUACCUCUUUGUCAUCUUUGACUUCCUGAUCGGUGUCCUCAUCUUUGCCACUAUUGUGGGAAAUGUGGGCUCCAUGAUCUCCAACAUGAAUGCCACACGAGCAGAGUUCCAGGCCAAGAUUGACGCUGUCAAACACUACAUGCAGUUCCGAAAGGUCAGCAAAGAAAUGGAAGCUAAGGUCAUCAAAUGGUUUGACUACUUGUGGACCAAUAAGAAGACAGUAGAUGAACGAGAAGUCCUCAAAAACCUGCCAGCAAAGCUCAGGGCUGAGAUAGCCAUUAACGUCCACUUGUCCACCCUGAAGAAAGUACGCAUAUUUCAGGAUUGUGAGGCUGGCCUGCUGGUGGAACUGGUACUGAAGCUUCGUCCCCAGGUCUUCAGUCCUGGGGAUUAUAUUUGCCGUAAGGGGGACAUUGGCAAGGAAAUGUACAUCAUCAAGGAGGGCAAGCUGGCAGUAGUAGCCGAUGAUGGUGUGACUCAGUAUGCCUUGCUCUCAGCCGGGAGCUGCUUUGGAGAGAUUAGCAUCCUUAACAUUAAGGGCAGCAAAAUGGGCAAUCGGCGCACUGCCAAUAUCCGUAGCCUAGGUUACUCAGAUCUCUUCUGCUUGUCCAAGGAUGAUCUCAUGGAAGCUGUGACUGAGUACCCUGAUGCCAAGAAAGUCCUUGAGGAGAGGGGCCGGGAGAUCCUGAUGAAGGAAGGUCUGCUGGAUGAGAAUGAGGUGGCCGCCAGCAUGGAGGUAGAUGUUCAGGAGAAGUUGGAGCAACUGGAGACAAACAUGGAGACCUUGUACACUCGCUUUGCCCGCCUGCUGGCUGAGUACACUGGGGCCCAGCAGAAGCUCAAGCAGCGCAUCACAGUACUGGAGACCAAAAUGAAACAGAACCAUGAGGACGAUUACCUAUCAGAUGGAAUAAAUACCCCCGAGGCAGCUGCUGAUGAAUAACCAGAGAUGCCUAUCCAGCCUUGCUCUGACCCCCAGUUAGAAGUCCUGAAUAGAACUCCACGUUUACAAACACCUAUCCUCAUGUCUCUCUGAGCUCUCCCCCAAAGCCUUGCUAGGGCUUAAGCUUUUGGCUACAAUGUCUUGGAGUCCCCCUCCAAGCCCAGAAAAUGGUCAAGCUUGUGGACAGUGUAGGUUUUGUGGGUUGGAUUUCCAAGUGCUUACUGCCCAAGUCUGAAAAGGAACUAGGGAACAACUGAACUGUCCUUCAGGGGGAUUUCCUGGGACCAGAAGUCUGAACAGUGUUCUCUGAAGAACAGUGUGCACCACAAUGCCUGACUCCUGCUUUUGGCUUCUUUCUAUCUAGCCACUCCCUACUGCAUUCUGCCCCAUACUUUUCUAACAUGUGCUCUAAACAGUCUGUUUUCAUGCAUGUUUAUGCAUUUAAGAAGUGGCUGCAGACACUGGGCCCAUGCAUGCUGUUUUCCAAGGUAUGCAAGGUCUGUGAGGGAAUGGUAGGGUGGGCUUGAGUAUGUUUGCUGAGAGUCAUUACCUCCUUAUCAGACAAUGUCACUGUGAGAAAGAGGUGCCUGGCAGCUUUGGGCACCACCUCUCUAUGCACACAAGUUCUGAAGAGUUUGUGAAGUCUAUAGUACUGUGA